ACCAUGGAAGUAUUUGAUCCAUGUUAUACCCACACAAGACUCGUCACCAGCACACUCCACUCUGUUGGGGGCGCUAGAGCACCAUUGUUGUGUUCAUUGGCCGAGCGCAUCCCACAGAGGCAGUGGCGUGCAGAGCUCAUGAGCUGCGCUUAUUUCUCCUCAUCGUGGGUUUCUGUGCAAGGUGGAAGUAACUUUUGACCAUCUGAAAGGAGUAACAAUAGCACUUGGAAUCUAGUUCUGGUCCAGAAGGUCACGGCAGACAGUAAUAAUGUCGGCAUCAGCGGCGAAAGUCAGCAGAAAGGAGAAUUCAAAUCACGACGGAGCGGACGAGACCUCUGAAAAGGAACAACAGGAAGCAAUUGAACACAUUGAUGAAGUACAGAAUGAAAUUGACAGACUGAACGAGCAGGCUAGUGAAGACAUUUUAAAAGUAGAACAGAAGUACAACAAAUUACGCCAGCCAUUUUUUCAGAAGAGGUCAGAGCUCAUAGCCAAAAUACCUAACUUUUGGGUCACAACAUUCGUUAAUCAUCCACAAGUUUCAGCCCUUCUUGGUGAGGAAGAUGAGGAAGCACUUCAUUACUUGUCAAGGGUCGAGGUCACAGAGUUUGAGGACAUAAAGUCUGGCUAUAGAAUAGAUUUUUUUUUUGAUGAGAACCCAUAUUUUGAGAACAAAACCCUUUCCAAAGAGUUUAACGUAAAUGAGAGUGGUGAUCCUGUGUCCAAAUCGACUGAAAUCAAAUGGAAAGCCGGAAAGGAUCUGACAAAGCGCACUGGCCAGUCACCUAACAAAGCUGGAAAGAAGAGGCAGCAUGAAGAGCCCGAGAGCUUCUUUACUUGGUUCACUGACCACUCAGAUGCAGGAGCUGAUGAGCUCGGGGAAGUGAUCAAGGAUGACAUUUGGCCCAACCCUCUUCAGUACUACUUGGUCCCUGACAUGGAGGACGAAGAGGGUGAUGGUGAUGAUGACGAUGAUGAAGAGGAAGAAGGUCUGGAGGAUAUUGAUGAGGGUGAGGAGGAAGAGGGAGAAGAUGAUGAUGAGGAUGGUGAUGGAGAAGAUGGAGAGGACGAAGGGGAUGAUGAUUAGUUAAAGGCAUUUAUUCAGUCACCUUUUGAUGAUCCUCCUAUGAACUACGGGAGCAAAGUAUUUUGUUUUGGGGAGGUUUUGUAAAAUAAACAACUUUUUCCUGUGUGUUGUCAGCCUGUCCAACAUCUUCCCUGCAGCUGCAGCCUGCCCAUGUUAUCAUGUCUUAGACCAGUCUACACAGGUCUACAGGGUGAUUGUGGGGAGGGACAAUGGUUCUAUUAAGUCUCACUUGUCAUUGUUUCUGUACGUCUCCCAAAGACAUGCAAAAUAACUUUUUGUAGCAUUAUGCACGUCAUCUGCGUACAUUUAAAAUGCGUACAAUAGCAAUUUGUAUGUAAGACAUGAAAAUACAUUUUCUGUUAAUGGUGUGAGUUCAAUAAAUAAGCCAUGGUGCAGUGAUGAUUUAAUCAUAGCAUCCUUAACCACUUUUAUAGAAAAUGUAUAUUAUACUAAGUGGUGAGGGUUAUUUCAAGACUUAGCUAGAAGUAUUUUCCUUUACUUGUACUAAUGGGACAGAUUGAAUGCACCAGCUUGUUAUGUUCAACUUUACAUGUUUCGGGUACAUGUAUAUUAGACAAUUGUACUUGGAAGGACAAUAGGGUGAGGCAUCAGGUUUGGGUACUCCAAACUUGUGUUAGUAUUCUUUUUCAGACAUCCACAACAGGUCUAAAUGUAAUUUUUUUGUUUUUUUACAAUUCUAGUUUUGAGCUUAGCUGAACAUUUGGUAAAUUUUAGAGAAGAUUUUUCUGUAGAGUCCUUCUGGAGUCUGCAGUAUUUGUUCUGUUCCACUGGACACCCAUUUAUUAAAAAUAAGUGUACCUGUUGCUUUGUUAAAUAAAUAAAUGUACAACUUUUUGGAUGGCUUGAUCCCACAUUUCAAACCUAUUUGCGUUUGACAGAAAAUGACACUAAGUUAGCACGCAGGGCUCAGUAAAGCCAACUUUAAGGUGUGGCAAUCAAAGGAAUCUGAUCAAACGCGUUUACACAACACAAACGUUAUGGUCUGACGUUUUAGCAAACAUAAAUUCCACAAAGCUCUACACUCUUUGCUCGGUUGAUAAACAACUCAAACUCAGAAUGCAGAUUUGUCGAAAUUAAACAAAAGUCGUACCAAUCACUUACAAAACUUUUAUUUCGUCAUGCGACAAACAUUAUUGCGCUACAAGCCGAGAAGUGCCACUUGGAAAGCAUCAUGAUCAGUGAUGAGAAACACGGUGGCCUCAUCGGGCCAAAAAGAUGCCCCGGUGGUACUGAGCUCAAAGCUGACCGCAAUUGGCGAUCAGAAUUUUCGCUUUAGUUUUUCCGGAGGAUUUGGUGCCGUAGGACUCGAUUUUCUUGACCACGUCCAUGCCUUGCUUCACAGAACCGAAGACCACGUGCUUUCCGUCCAACCAGGGCGUCGGGACGGUGCAGAGGAAAAACUGCGACCCGUUGGUGUUUGGCCCUGCGUUGGCCAUGGACAGGAUGCCUUCGCCGCUGUGCUUUAAAAUGAAGUUCUCGUCCUCAAACUUCUCGCCGUAGAUGGACUUUCCUCCUGUUCCAUUGUGUUUGGUGAAGUCGCCCCCCUGGCACAUAAAGUCAGGGAUGACCCGGUGGAAGCUGGAGCCUUUGUAGCCAAAGCCUUUAUCAUGAGUGCACAGCGCCCGGAAGUUUUCGGCUGUCUUCGGCACCACAUCUUGGCGCAGCUCCAUCACAAUCCUGCCCAAAGGCUUUCCGUCCGCGGUCACGUCGAAGAAUACUGUAGGAUUGGCCAUUCUUCCAGUCUAAAA